AUGGACGAUUCAUUAGAUCUGGUAAAUAUUUGCGGAAUUUGCGAGACUAUCGUGAACGAGGCUGAAAUAAUUAACCACUAUUGCGUAAUAGGAUAUCCGAAUAUUAUUGUGGAUGAUUCAAGAUACUUUUAUCCACAAUGUGAAAAUGGAGAUAUAAUACGCAAAAGUGUCCUACCAGGAGGGGUGGAAGGAAUUGUUUCUGAGUCUAGAAUAAUACAACAGAACACUGGCGAUCCCCAUUCCCAGGCGAUCACUUCUUUCCAUGUAUCUGGCGAUUUAGACGAAAGAUUGAUUGAAGAGGUGAGGAAGCAUGAGCCAUUAUAUAACUUCCGUUUGCCCCUUUCUCAACGUGGUCGAAAACAAACAAAGCAAUUGUGGCAAGAUAUUUCCAAUGAAUUAAAUGGAGAAAUAAGCGCUGAAGGUGCCGCAAAGUAUUGGAAAUCAUUAAGAGAUACCUUUAUGAAGAUAAUUGCUGAGGAGCGGCAGCCGAGUGGUUCCAGCAGAGUCCGACGUAAAAAGUGGCGUUUCUAUGAUCAUAUGUCCUUUGUUCGCGACACAUUGUUAAAUACACCAACAGUUUCAAACGAAAGCCAGCGACAAUCUUUUGCCGAAGAGGAUGUGUCAAGUGAUUCUCAACCAAGUAAAAGUUGCAAUAGAAGUUUAAAGGACUCUAUUGGACGAAUUGCUGAAGCUAUUAGUACUCCACUGCCAUCUGUGAAAUUGCCACCAAUACCUCAUAUCUCUGAAUUUGAUAAUUUUGGUGUAGUCGUGCCAAGCAAAUUAAAGAACCUUUCGAAAAGAAAAAGCAACACAAUGAUGUGCCAGAUUUUACAAUUACUUUGCAAUGCUGAAUUAGAAGAGAGUGAUUGUGGCAUGAAUAUGCAAUAA